GGCUCUGUCAGUGGGCCUGUGCUGCCAGCACAUCGGGAUGGAGCGCGGAGGGGGCUGCGGGGCCGGAGCCCGGACGCAGGGGACUGCGCGGGGCUCUCCGCUCCACGGGAAGACGGCUGAACAAAGUGCGGUGCGGACCUCGCCGUCCAACCAUCGGUGUUCAGCCAUGGACGGGAACUUAAAAUCCGAUGAGAGACAAAGGCAGGCCAAAGAACGACGUGAAGAAAAACAAAAAAGUAUGGCUGCACGGGAGCAGCAGUUCCUGGAGAAGCAGAGGAGAGCAGCACUCCAGUAUGAAAAGCAAGUGAUGGAGCGAUGGCGGAAACUGGAGGAGCGGCGGUGCCGGGAGAACGAGAAGAGGGCUGCUGUGGAAGAGAAAAGGGAGCAGAAGCUCCAGGAGCGGAAGGAGCGGAUGGAGGCAAUUCUACGCAGGUCCCUGGAGCGCACUCAACAGCUGGACACGAGCAAGCGGUACUGGUCUGGAGUUCCAUCACAGGCCUUGGCGCCUGGAGGACGUGAUGGUGAAUCAGAAAAUACUCCACCCCCUCCUCUAGGUUUAGCAGCCAGCACCCUCCCUCCUGACCCAGGGACCACCGCCGCCGCCGAGUCCACCAAUGCACGUGACAGCUUGUCGGCAUCAGCAACACAUUUGUCAAAGCAGAUGGAGAGUUCGAUGAGUAAGCGCCCAUUGUCAUCCACCGGGACAAAAUCGUAUUCCCCACAACGAGUGUUCCAUACUGGUCCUCGUAUAUGUGCUGCCAAGCCUCUUCAAUAUCUCUACAAGUCUUCCCCUGCUUGGAUCAUGGAUAAAGAGACUACGCUGCCUUCUGUUGGAGGAGACACUGGGAAAGCACCUCCUGCAAGAGCAGACUCUUCUAAGGGGAGCACUGGGUCCCUUGCAAAAAUAGGCGAUUCUCCCAAGGGCAAUGCUAAGAGGUCAUCUUCUCCUGUGACAACCAGGACCAGUGCUAAAUUACACCCAAAGUCCCAUGUGAAACUGCCAGAGCCAGAGCCUAUUGUGAAGUACCGUUUAUCUGCCUUUUCCGGAGACGAAGUGCCCAAGAUGAAAGAGCAGAGCAACAAGGAUCGGGAAGGGAGCCUGGCUCAGCGAUCAGGCAGCCUACUCAGGGACAAAGCCCCAGAGAAGGACAUAAUGGAUGAGCAUGUCACCGAAAAGCAGGGGGCUGCAGGAGGGAAAGCUGAGGGCAAUACAGGGAAGCCUACUGCAGAUACCACCAAUGCAGAGGAAACCUCAAAGAUCCUAACCACAAAGAGACGACGGGCCCGGCUACAGAAAGAGCUAAAAGAGCCGGAGAAGAUGGAAAUGAUCCAACAAAACAGGCUGGAGAGAGAGGAAUUGGAAAGAAAGGCAGAGGAGGAGAGACUUCGCCUAGAAGAGGAAACCCGUAAGCAGGAAGAGGAAAAGAAGCGGCAGGAGGAGGAAAAGAAGCGACAGGAAGAGGAAAAGAAGCGGCAGGAGGAGGAAAAGAAAAGACUGGAGGAAGAGGAGGCCAGGAAGAAAGCCAAGGAGGAGUUGCUGUUGAAAGAAAAGCAAGAAAAGGAAAAACAGGAAAAGGAAAAGCAAGAAAAAGCCAUGAUUGAAAAGCAGCAGAAGGAAGAAGCAGAAGCAAAGGCCCAGGAGGCAGCUAAACAGAUGCGUCUGGACAGAGAACAGAUCAUGCUGCAGAUUGAACAGGAGCGACUGGAGAGGAAGAAGAGAAUAGAUGAAAUCAUGAAGAGGACAAGGAAGAGUGAUGUGUCUCCAGAAGUGAAGAAAGAAGACCUGAAAAUGGAGCUUCAGCCUGCUGUGUGUGUGGAAAAUAAGACAAAAGCAGUUGUCCCAAACAAAAUAGAAAUCAAUGGAUUGAGCACCUGCCAGGAAGUUAAUAGUGUGGAGCCUGCUGUCCCAGAAACUUUUCCCGGAGACACUUUCUCCAAUGCGCUUAAAGCAGUUGGGGGACCUGUUCAUCUGGACACCCUUGAUGGGAAAUCAAACAAUCUGGACCACUCAGCCGAAGAAGUUCAGUCUAUGGAUGUCAGUCCUGUUUCAAAAGAAGAGCUUAUCUCCAUCCCAGAAUUUUCACCAGUGAGUGAAAUGAUUCCUGGGGUAUCUCUGGACCAAAACGGAACUGGUAAUGCCCGAGCUCUUCAAGAUCUCUUAGAUUUCACCGGCCCCCCCAUGUUCCCCAAGAGAUCCAGUGAAAAUCUCAGCCUGGAUGACUGUAACAAAAACCUGAUCGAAGGAUUUAACAGUCCCAGCCAAGAAAAUACUCUGAACACCUUCUGUUGACAAAUACAGCAGCUCUUUAAUGAAAGGUGGUGUUUCGAGAAGCCAUGAAGCUGCUGGUAGUCAAAUUUGAGCUGCUGGCCCUCGGAAGAAACUUCUGUCGUCCUUAAGCACUGGAUUCCAAAUUCCUAGAUGGAAUUGUAACUGUAUUCCUAGUUAAGUCUGUCAAACACUGGCCACUCUUGGUAGAAACCUUGCGAGGUUUUAGUGAUGUUCCAUGCCAUGGUUCUAUGUAGGAGCUUCAGCUGCUGAUGAAGUGCUUCCUAUACUACUUACUCCGUUAUAGUGAUCACCCGCGACCCAGUCGUUCCAGCUGGGAAGUUCACCUUGUAACCAUUCGUAUUCCCAAAGUUGGAGCACAUAAACAUUUAGAUGUCGUUCCCUGUAAAUAUUCUAGACAUUUACCCAGACUCUACUUAAAUGUACACCGAACUUGGGCCGCAUAUCUCCCUGUCUGUGUUUGGGAGGAGAAAUUCCAGAGGGUUUUCCCCCCUCUCUGUGGUUUCUUUGUUGGAAGUUACUAUCAAGAAAGUGUUCUUUUAUUAUUAAGCUUAGUCACCUGCAAAAAUGCGCUGUGCCACAUUACUCCUUGGGGAGCUAACUGAAUAAGUCUGGUUGAGUAACGAAGCCAUUAAACAGUAUGGAAUGAUUUCUGUUUUCUUAUGCAUAUCCCUACAGACACGAAUGGCUGAAUCUAGAAAGGAUAUUUGCAUAUCGCACCUUAAACUCUCCGAGCUCUAGUCACUCCAAACCAUCAAGUGGCUUUUGGACUGAAUGAAUCGUAUGUCUCAUGCACUGGUUGUUGAUUUUCAUGUUGUUAAUAUUGAGGCUUUUGUUUGUUUGCUCCUGUGUUUGCGCAACUCUAAUAAAAACAGGCACAAAUGAAAACGCCAGUGCUCUGAAAUCAGGGGACCCUGAACGGGACUCACUGUGUCACUGCAAUGAACUUGAACAUAAAACAUCUGAACGGAAAACAGAUGUCACUAGAAUGUGUACUCCUUGCAUUUUAUGCCAUAUAAUGUGCUGUUUUUUAUUUCAUUUCUUGUGGUGAAAUGUGAUUUUCUGAUUUAAAAUUACCUUUCCUUCUUUGAAACUCUUGUUUGACUUGUACAAUAAGAGUUUGGAAAGAUCCAUAAUUCUGACUGAGGCUUGCAACCAGGAAGUGUAGUGUCAAUAGUAAUCUUGUUUACAUGCUUUCAAAAGCAGCUAUAGUUUAAGGCUUUAUUAAUUAUGGAAACUAUGUAUGUUUGUGUAUGUAUAUAUACUAAAUAAAAUAUAUGCCUCCAGGAAUACAGUGCCGUUGAUCUCGAU